AAGUGUUGUACAUUUAUUUCUGAACGUAAACAUCUUCAGGUUGAGAUGGUUACAAAAGUAUUGCUGUUAGUUGGAUUAAUUUCCAUGGUUACCUCUGAGGAAUACACCUGGAUGUCUAAUGCUCUAUUUGGAUCGUCACUUGAGCUUUCCUGUAAUGACUCCAGCGUAAUGAUCCAAUCAGACGACAAAGUUUCCUGGAAAACCCCGGAUGGAAAAAAUGUGACCGAGGGAUAUACUGAUUCUGACUAUAAGGUCAAAGGAGGACAGGGAGAAAUACUUCUCAUAGAAAAUCUCAUGUUCGCCAACAUGGGGAUCUAUACAUGUACUGUUACCAAGUCUUCCGAUGGUAUGGUACGUGCCUAUCGGUUACGUGGAGUUAAUCUUGAUGGUCCACAAUUCGCUAACUUAAAUGAAAAAUAUGAAGAAAACAUCACAGUUGCCUUCAUUGCUUCGUUAGUAUUUGCUGUACCGUUGGUAGGAAUAAUGGUUCUCGAGAAAUGCCGAUAUGAAAAACGGAACGAAGACAAAACAGGACAAGCCUACAUCGUGCCUCAAGAGAAGAAAACUCCACCGCAAGUGGUUGUUACUGCCUACGAUAAUCCGGCGUGUGAUAACCAAAUAGAUGACUUUUCAACACAGCUGUAAAGUUACACGUCUCAUAACUAUCUUAAAAUUAAUAAUAUGUUUGUUAUACAUAUGCAUACACAAUUUGUUAUUCUCAUACCUUUACAUGUAUUAUCAUAAUGUAUACUUUUGUAUUCCUUUACGACAACAUGUGUCUGAUUGAGGGAUGUGCGAAAUGCAAGUGAGUGAUAGAGGGACUAUUCGUUUUGAUAGUAAAAAUAUAAUCAAUUUCAAUCGUAUCCAUGUUUUUAGUAUAAUUCUCAAUAAAUAAUAGUUUUAA